ACGACUGCCCCUCCCUUCUUCACCAGGAACAGGCCACUGGCAAGUCUGGGCUCUUUGCGCAGAGUCGACAGCCAGUAACGUGGAAAAUCAGUGCUGGGCAGGAUCUGAGAGCAGGACAGCCGCAGCUGACAACCAGGGUGCCUGUCUGGGUGGUUGGGGUGGUCCAGAACCUGGCUGGCCAAGAGGGCCUUCCCCACUCUGUCAUCCCCAUCACAGGGAGUGACAUGCCUGAGAACAGACCCAAGAAGGGAGGAGCAAUGUGUGAGCUCUCCCGGCUCCACCCACCGUGGUGCAGUCACCUUUCACAAGCAGGAGCUCUGCAGGCCCAACUGCUCACCCCAGGGUAUUUUGAAAUACAGAAUUUUGCACUUUGUGAUACAUUUUGGUUCCAGUGCCUUUCUCCCACAUCAGUCUGUGCUCCCAAGCCCGGGCCUUGCAGGAAAGGCCAGCCCUCCAGGUUUCUCUGCAAAGCGCGUCGGCCCGGGUUCGGGGCCGGUCUGCGCCCCCCGCCCGCCCUGCCGGCCGCGCUCGGCUGUCUCCGCGCCCGACGCUCGGCAGCGCUCGGCUGUCUCCGGCCGCUCGGCUCCGCGCUCGGCUCGGGUCCGCGGCCGCUGCGGCGCCGGGCAUUUCUCCGCAGCUCGGCUCGCGGCCGCGCCCGCCCGGCCCGCGCCCAUGCAGGCCAUCAAGUGUGUGGUGGUCGGCGACGGCGCCGUGGGGAAGACCUGCUUGCUGAUCAGCUACACAACCAACGCCUUCCCUGGAGAGUACAUCCCCACAGUGACGUCUUCCUGAUCUGCUUCUCCCUGGUGAGCCCAGCCUCCUUUGAGAAUGUUCGAGCCAAGUGGUACCCAGAGGUUCGGCAUCAUUGCCCGCACACGCCCAUUCUCCUGGUGGGCACCAAGCUGGACCUUCGUGACGAUAAGGACACCAUCGAGCGACUGCGGGACAAGAAGCUAGCACCCAUCACAUACCCCCAGGGCCUGGCCAUGGCCCGAGAGAUUGGUUCUGUCAAGUACCUGGAGUGCUCAGCGCUGACCCAGCGGGGCCUGAAGACAGUGUUCGAUGAGGCCAUUCGGGCUGUGCUCUGCCCGCCCCCUGUGAAAAAGCCAGGGAAGAAGUGCACGGUCUUCUAGAGCCCCCACUUCCGGAAGAGCAGCCCUCUCCUGCCUGUAUCUGUUGUGUUGAGAUGUGUCCUUGAGUCCGCUGUGGGGGAGUGGUGGGGGUGGGGAAGGGGAAGAAGCAUGGGGAUGAGGCUGCUGCUCCAGGGGCGCUGCGGGGGCCGUGGGGUCCUGUCUGCUCUGCCUCGUCUUUGUGGGGACGCAGCUCCAGCCUCCCCUGGCCCCCACUGGAGGCCAGAAGGGAGCAGGGUCUCCCUCAGGCUGUAGGCGCGGGUCCGGGGCAGCCCCAGGAUGGGCUUCCCAGAUGAGGGACUUUGGGGGGGUGGGUUCUGUCCUUGUGCCCCACGAUGGGGCAGCCCCUUCUUAUUUUAUACAAUAAACCUUCAUCAUCUCCUG